AUGUCAGAGAUCCAAACAUUGGCUGAAGAGUUGAGAGGGUGUUUAAAGAAGUUUCCCAACUUCCCUCUGGAGGGGAUUCUUUUUGAGGAUUUCUUACCAAUUUUCGCUGACCCCAAGCACUUUCAAAAGUUAAUAGAUGCCUUUAAGUUACACUUGGGAGACCGUAAGAUCGACUACAUUGUUGGGUUAGAAAGCAGAGGUUUUUUGUUUGGACCAGCUUUGGCUUUAGCUGUUGGUGCCGGGUUCAUUCCUGUUAGAAAGCCAGGGAAGUUGCCUGGGCCUGUUUAUGUUGCCGAGUUCCAAAAGGAAUACGGUAGUGAUAAAUUUGAAAUGCAACAAGGUGUUGUUCCUAAGGGGGCCAAUGUUGUUAUUGUUGAUGAUAUUUUAGCUACUGGUGGUUCAGCCACUGGAGCUUACGAAUUGGUUGAAGAGAAAUCUGGUGGUAAGGUUGUAGAAUUCCUCUUUGUUAUGGAGUUGGAUUUCUUAAAGGGAAGAGAUAAGCUUAAGGCACCAGUUUUCACUUUAUUAAGCGGUCAACCUGAAAAAUUAGGUUCCUAA